GUUAACCUCUCAAGUCUCUCUCUCUCUUUCUUUAUUUAUAUCCCACCCUCUUCCCUCUUACCUUGUAAAGUCAGCGCCGUCCUUUGUCCCUUUGCAUCUUGUUAUGCUUAAACGGGAGCAGCAGCAGGAACGACGGCAGAAUCAGGGACAGAAACAUAGCUACUAGUGGCGGAAAUAAUCAAUCGCUUCUCGCUGGAAUCGCGCAAGUUUCAAGGCUGACCGGCCCGGAUAUUUCGCAGGCAUGGAAGUCGACUGGGAUCUGCAAGCGGUGGUGAGAGGCUGCGCCAUCGGCACCACUCCCACCACCACCGCUACCUUCAUGGAGGAUCCUCUCUUCUGCUUUUCUCCUUCUUCGGGUCUGCAGCAGGAUGAUCAUCUCCACUAUUUCUCUGACCCUUUUCAAUCCCCAACUAUGGCUUUUGAGGAACUAGAGGAUUUGUAUAAGCCCUUUUUCCCCAAGUUUGAACCCCUCUCCCCACAAACCAUCUCCCACACUUCGUUUUCGGCUCCUCUUGGAGGAUUGAAAGAUCAACAACAGCAGCAGCAGAUACAACCACAACUGCAGCAGCGGCAGCAACAACAACAAAAGCAGCCUCAGGUGUCUCUUGCUGGGCCUCCUACUGCUGCUGUUUCUAGUACUACCACUGCUCAUUCCCAGACCCCUCGAUCCAAGAGAAGAAAGAACCAGCAGAAGAGGGUUGUUUGCCAGGUGCCCGCCGAGGGCCUAUCUUCUGAUAUGUGGGCUUGGCGCAAGUACGGCCAGAAACCCAUCAAGGGCUCGCCCUAUCCCAGAGGAUAUUACAGAUGCAGCAGCUCCAAAGGGUGUUUGGCUAGGAAACAAGUCGAACGCAGCCGUACCGACCCGGGGAUGUUUAUCAUAACCUACACGGCGGAGCAUAACCAUCCCCUCCCAACUCAUCGGAACUCCCUCGCCGGUAGCACUCGACAAAAGUUCCCUACAUCUCAACGGCCGACCACCGGCGAACCCGACACAUCCACCACUAAACCGUCUUGUGCUUCUUCUCCAACUUCAGGAAGUGGUCUCUCACCAACGACCCCGUUAACCACCUCCAUGGAAGACGAGCUCCUACAACCGAUUAAGCAGGAGAGCCAAGAAGACGACGGGGAGGAAAUGGUGGAGGACGACGAAGACGACGAGUCCCUCAUCCCAGAUAUGGUGAUAAACGACGAUUUCUUCAUGGGCUUAGAAGAAAUCGCGGGAUCCGCCAAUAUCAGUUCCUCCUCCACCAGCGCGGCCUUCGAAGACUGCUUUUCCGAUCAUCUACCGGCGUCUUUCCCCCUUCCUUGGCACGCCCACAACGCCGCCACCACCGCCGGCGGCAUCUGACAUGCCGGAAAAGACGCGUACUCUGACAUUGGAUACCAAGAUUUCUCCAACUUACCAAUUUUUUUUCUCUUUUUAUCCGCGACACAGAGAAGAGAGAGAAAGAGAGUUAGAAAAUAGAGAGAGAAUCUCUCUCUCUCUCUAUCACCAUCUCACCACACUUGUUUUAUAAACAUCACCGUUGCCAGGUCCUUUGAGAAGAAGAGUUAUUCCAUGUUUCCGGUUGCACACUAAUCAGAUGAAUUAGUUGCACAUCCAUCUCCAUUUGAUUGUGUAUCAUGAUCAUCAUGUGUCCAUGUAGAUCCAAAAGUCAACGCAGAUGUGUCCAUCCUCUUCGUUAAUUUUUUAAUUAAUUCAGUAUUUAUUUAUUUAUUUAUUUUUUGGAACUGUCAAAUUGGUACGAUGUAUAUAUAUGUGUGACAGUUGUCCGUUCCCGUCC